GUGUAGUCUGUCUAUCCAUUUUCCUUUAGCUCUUUCUCUGCUGCAGGGCUGUCUUCACGACGUUUUGCGACAGUGCCGUGCGCGAAUACGGCGUCGUUACCGAGUGAAGUGCGUCUCUUUGGAGCAGAUACCGGCUGAGAGAAACGCAGCAACAAGAGAAAGGAAUAUAUUUCGGGCUCGUUUUUCAUCUGGGUUAUCUCCGGGCACCGCGCAUCCCAUCCGGUACAAACAAUUUAACCCAAAAACUCGAUGUGGAAGCUGGGCUGAAAGAAGAAAGGGCCACGCUGGGGACGGCAACUAGCCGAAUUACUAAAUCGAGCUCGUUGAAGUAGCCUAGUUGCCUCCCAAGCGACGCUUUAAAAAACGAAAGGAGGGGAUAUAUAGAGCCCAAACAGUGGUGAAAAUGGACUAUGAUUUUAAAGUGAAGCUGACCGGCGAAAGAGAGCGUGUCGAGGACCUGUUUGAGUACGAAGGAUGCAAAGUGGGACGAGGCACCUACGGACAUGUUUACAAGGCGAAGAGAAAAGAUGGGAAGGAUGAUAAGGACUACGCCCUCAAGCAGAUUGAAGGCACUGGCAUCUCCAUGUCAGCCUGCAGAGAGAUUGCACUGCUGCGGGAGCUGAAGCACCCCAACGUCAUCUCACUGCAGAAAGUGUUCCUGUCACACGCAGACCGUAAAGUAUGGCUGCUGUUUGACUACGCCGAGCAUGAUCUCUGGCACAUUAUUAAGUUCCACAGAGCAUCCAAGGCUAACAAGAAGCCACUUCAGCUGCCCAGAGGAAUGGUCAAGUCUCUGCUCUACCAGAUCCUGGAUGGCAUCCAUUACCUCCACGCCAACUGGGUCCUCCACAGAGACCUUAAACCAGCUAACAUUUUAGUGAUGGGGGAAGGGCCAGAGAGGGGUAGAGUAAAGAUUGCGGACAUGGGGUUUGCCCGUCUCUUCAAUUCACCACUGAAGCCUUUAGCCGAUCUCGACCCUGUCGUGGUCACCUUCUGGUACAGAGCACCUGAACUACUGCUGGGGGCUCGGCACUACACCAAAGCCAUCGACAUCUGGGCGAUUGGCUGCAUCUUCGCGGAGCUGCUGACGUCUGAGCCCAUAUUCCACUGUCGCCAGGAGGACAUCAAGACUAGUAACCCUUACCACCACGACCAACUGGACCGCAUCUUUAACGUCAUGGGCUUCCCUGCUGAUAAAGACUGGGAGGACAUCAAAAAGAUGCCCGAACACUCCACGCUGAUGAAAGACUUUAGAAGGAACACAUACACAAACUGCAGCCUUAUAAAGUACAUGGAAAAACAUAAAGUCAAGCCAGACAGCAAAGCAUUCCACUUGCUGCAGAAGCUGUUGACCAUGGACCCCAUCCGUAGAAUUACGUCUGAACAGGCCAUGCAGGACCCCUACUUUUUGGAGGAGCCCCUGCCCACCUCUGAUGUGUUUGCAGGCUGCCAGAUCCCCUACCCCAAGAGGGAAUUCCUGACAGAGGAGGAGCCGGAGGACAAGGCAGACAAAGUAAGAAAUAAAAACCAGCAGCAGCAACAGGGAAACAACCACACGAAUGGGGCGGGGCACACUGGCAACCCUGACAACAGCCAUGCCCAGGGCCCGCCUCUGAAGAAAGUGCGGGUUGUCCCACCCACCACUACCUCAGGUGGCCUCAUCAUGACCUCAGACUACCAGCGCUCCAAUCCACAUGCUGCCUAUCAGAACCCUGGACCAAGCACAUCACUGCCCCAAAGCAGCAUGGGAUACUCCUCUACCUCCCAACAGCCGCCUCAGUACUCCCACCAAACCCACCGCUACUGAGACCACCCUUUCCACACACACAUACGUACAUACACUUAUACACACAUAUAUAAACGCAUACACAGCCCGCACCAUGACUACCCACCUGAACAAAUGUACUGAGGGAUGUGGGAUGUCCAAGGCAACAAAACAACCCUGCUCUACCCCACAGAGGGCACUUUCUCUGCAGCAGUCUGUUAGGUCAGAAUUACAGCAAUCUACACUUCUUCAAGAUGACACACCCAUAACCCCAGUAUUAAACACACCGCUAGAGAGCAAAACCUGAUGGGUGAAACUCAAGGUGGGAGAAUGAGAAGAAUGGAUACUAUGGUGAAAUCCAACCUGUUUCUGUUACUCAGACGUAAUCAAACCAGCCGUGAGAAGAUGGCUUGGUUUGGGGGGUGACACGUGUUAAUCUGCUGUUAUCUCCUCCCCUUUUUUUUCUCCACCUGUCUCCAAACUCUACCCCAGCCAGUUACCCUCUUCUUGUUGAAGCUUGGAUGAGACUGAAAGCUAUGUGACUGCCAGCAGUGACAGUUUUCCCUGUCCAACUGUCCUCCUGUCUGUCUGUCUGUCUGUCUGUUUAUUUUGUGUGUGCGCCCCUGUGAUGCCUCAGCUGAGGACUGAGCUGCUGUGAAGCAUGCUGGGCAGAUGUGGAGCCCCCACAGCUGUGGCGAUGAGGGUUUUUGUUCAGAAAGGACAAAAAAAAGAUUUUGGUAGUUUAUAAUUUAAUCAGUUUUCAUGGUUUUGUUUUCAUGGCAAGUGUGGGAAAGCAGCUGCUGUAUGCUGUGGGCAAGCCUUAGAACAUGAUGACAAACCAACCAAUCGCAUGGAGGAUGGCAGAUGGAACAUGCAUUGUACUGUAUUGAAAUAUUUUACAUGAAGCAAGUAUCCUGACAAUAAAAGUAAAAACUUUGA